CUUGUCUCCUUCUAUUCUUCGUCUUCAUCUUCUCCUUCUCUUCUUCGCAUUCACUUCUUCUUCACAAAAAACAACUCGAUUUCAUCUCACCUCCGAUCUUCUUUCCAGAAGAAGGAUGGUGGCGCCUUAUCUCAAUCCCGUCGGGGAUUCCAUGUGGAGCUAGGAGCUCGCGAGAAAGAUCUAUUGGCUGAGAAUGAUGCUCUGAGGAGAUUCAAGUCGCAUAAGAGAGGAAUGCGCCAAUUGAAAAGGGUUGGAGAUGUGAUCACUGAUGUUGUUGUUGCUGGUAUCCACUGCUACACACUCACUGAUUUUUCUGUGAUUCGUUCAAUCACUAGUAAUAGCUGGCAGAUAGAGAUAUCCUUGUGCAUCACUAACAUAUACGUUUGUCACUUACUUGUAACGUUAUUGCGUCAUUGCCCUAUCAUUUAUUUGAUGGAAAGCUAA